AUGACACCAGAUGGCGCUGUUUUCGUUAUUACAAUGGCGGAUGGUGGACUAAUUAAAGAUUUUGCGGAAACCGCGAAGAGAAAUGAAUUUGUUUAUCUAUCUAUCUAUCUAUCUAUCUAUCUAUAUAUAUAUAUAUAUAUAUAUAUUAUUUUGUUCAUAUCUAUCUAUCUUUAUUUUGUUCAUAUCCAUCUAUCUAUCUAUCUAUCUAUCUAUCUAUCUAUCUAUCUAUCUACUUCUGUUUCCCUCCUCUUCUUUCCUAUCUAUCUAUCUAUCUAUCUAUCUAUCUAUCUAUCUAUCUAUCUAUCUAUCUACUUCUGUUUCCCUCCUCUUCUUUCCUAUCUAUCUAUCUAUCUACCUAUCUAUCUAUCUAUCUAUCUAUCUCGCUUUGUUCAUAUGCCAUUUUUUUUAUUAUUACAACUCCAUAAGCCUCGAUUGUGGGAUAUUCGAUUGAAAUUGAAAACAGAGAAGCAGAUAUGA